AUGGCUGAGAAACGAAAACACUUACCCGAAGAUGUUGUGGAAUACUACCUUUUCCCGACGUUACCGGAAACAUUGAAUAAGUCAGAAGUUGAAAAAUAUUUGGAGGAACUGUUGGAUUCGUACCUGGCCUUUGUUAGUCCUUUGGUGGUUGAUUACAUUUGGCAAAACGACCCGUUCUCUCUGAUAGUGACAGCAGAAGGUGAUCUUCCUGCCCACCUGUAUGGAAGAACGAGCUUUGGAGAUAACAUAGAUGAUGAAUGGUUUAUCGUUUACCUGCUGUUCAAGUUAACAAAACAGUUCCCUGGGCUGAUUGCCAGGGUGAUCGAUAAUGAUGAGGAGUUUAUGUUGAUUGAAGCUGCUGAGGUUCUUCCAAAGUGGAUUGACCCUGAAACUGUUGAAAACAGAGUGUACAUUCACAAUGGACAACUUCACAUUAUUCCACUACCCCAGUCACAUGCUGAGAUCACCAGUCUGCCAGGUGCAGCGCCGUCCAUCAGCGAUGCUGUCCAGUGUGUUCAGUCUUGUUCCCACGCCACCGUAGCCUCCGCCAGUAUACAACAGGCCAUACAGACCCGGAUCAAUGAGUUUCCAGCUAAAACCAAAGAAAACACUCACUAUGCACACUGCUACAUCCCUGCCAACCUAGCUGCCAUCUUGGAAAAAAGACCCCAGUUGGUAUCCAGCGGAGUGUUGGCUUUCUACUACAGAGAUCCUAUUGACCUUCGGUCAUGUCGAACUAUGCAAUACUUCCGACCAGGGACAAGGGUCAUCUCAAGGGUGAAGUUCACACGAUGUCUGUAUGCCCAGUUGAUGCAGCAGAAGUUUCAGCCUGACAAGCGUAGUGGCUGGGUCCUACCUAGCUCUCUAAAUCCUAAGUACAAAGCCCAUGACCUUGGCAUGAAGCUGGCCCAUGGCUUUGAAAUUCUGUGUGCAAGGUGCUCUUCUAAUCGAUCUACCAAGAAUAACGGCAAAUGUACACCUCCAGACAGUGAUGUACGGUGGAACAGAUACCUUCUGUCUCUCAAAGAGCGAGGCUUCUUCAGAGGGGAGAUAGAGGGAUCAAAGGUCUACAAACAACUAUUGAGUGAUGCUAGGCAGUUCUACACCGACCAGUUACAGACAGACUUGAGAGAGGGAAGCAGUAGGAAUACAGGAAGUGAAGUACUCAAACUGUUGGACUCUGUUGAAUUUGACAUUGAAGCCAUGAGGAAAGCAGAAACAGACUUACCUCCCCCUGAUGAUGAUGGAUGGCUAAAUUUGACACCAGAGACCCUGGAUGAGAUAUUAAGGAAAAAGGCUGGUCCUAAUGGUACUGAGAAGACCUCUAAUGCCAAAGACCCCAUUGACUUGUCCAAGGUGGCUGACAGCAUGAAAGCCUUUGUAGAGAAGAUAUCAGGGGUGGAUGGAGUAGAAAUUCCUGUUGAUGGUGAAGAUGAUGAUGAGGAUGAUAUCCAGUUUGAUAGUACCGGGUUUAUUUCAGCCAUGCAAAAAAUGUUUGAAUUUGAUGACAAUGAUAGCGCGUCUAGCUCAGACAUGAGUGAGUACGGAUGGGAUGACUCAGACCAGGACUUUGAUGACCAACCUCCAAGUGGGAAGCCAUCCAAGCGUAAACAAAAGACUUCUGUGCCAACAGUGAAAGACUACAUGGACAUGAUGGACCGUGAACUGGCUCCUUCCAAUGUGGGCAAGAGUUUUGAGAGGGAACCACAAGUAGGAAAUGGCACACACACACAGCCAAACAAACCUUCAAACAAGAAACAGAAUGUUAACAGAGACAUUGAUGAUGAGGAUGAUGACUUUCAGCCAGUAAACAUUGAUGUAAAUACAGUGAAAAACAUGCUUGAAUCAAUUGGAGCACAGCAAGGUCUGGCUGGUCCUGCUUCCAACAUACUAAACUCCAUGGGAGUCAAUGUUCCUCCACCUGACCCCGAGGAUCAAGAGCAAAUUGAAGUCCCUGUUCCACCUCCCAGAAAGAGGACUCCCAAGUCUACCCCGACCAAAAGGCCAAGUUCAAGGACAAUACCUUCCUCCAUAUCACUUUCCAGCAGCAAUAACACUACCCCUGUUAAAAAGGAGACAAAUGUCUGA